CUCUCCCCCCCUAUUUCUCUCUCUCUUAAUUAAAGAGAAGAUGGGUCUCUCCAACCAUCUUCACGACGUCUCCGGCGAUUCCCUCCCGCUUCUCCUCCUCGCCGCUGCGGUAGCAUCCAUCGCCUACCUCCGAUCCUUACUCCUCCGCCUCCUCCCCCUCUCAUCCUCCCCCGUCGACGCCGUGCACGACAUCGAGCCGUCCAUCGGAUCCGGCCUCGCCGGCCUCGUCGUCCUCGCCGAUCACCUCGCCUCCAACCGGCCGUUCCCCUUCCUCUCCUGCCCGUCGGAGGUGGGGGACCGGCGGCCGGAGUGCGCGGUGUGCCUGUGCAGCCUGGCGGACGGCGACCGCGUCCGGCGGCUCCCCUGCCGCCACGUGUUCCACGGCGAGUGCCUCGACGGCUGGCUCCGCCAGCUGAAUCUCUCCUGCCCUCUGUGCCGCUCCCAACUGGCCGCACCGGAGCUGCGCGCCGUCGUCGACCGCCGGAUCGGGGCGGAGCUCGUCUCUUGGCUGUCCCACUACUGAUCCGACGGUGGAGAUCGAUCCGCGCGACGACGACGCUGCACAGCACCUCAAAUGACAUCUGUUCAUGAAGAUGACAUCGAUCGAUAGCAUAACAAGGAGAAAAAGGGUUGGUGACGAACAAAUGUAUUCGUAGAUCAAACGAUAGAAUAAUGACAUUUUAUUAGUAAUUGAAAUGAAUAAUAAUGGUGAAAUGGCAAUGGCAAUUUGCAUAAACACGACAGGGAAUAACCAGCAUU